GUGGAAGUGAUAGAGCAUCGUCGUUCCCUUCGGAGCCACUCCCUUCUCUCUCUCUCUCUCUCUCUCUCUUUCUCUCUCUCUCUCUUUCUCUCCGGAUGGCCGCCAUGGCUUCUUCCUCGUCAUGCUUGGCCCGGCCACUGAAUGCGAGCGGGUACAGGGACGAAGGGCUUCGUCGCGUGAAAGGGUGUCUCCUUGUUUCCAGCAGGACAUGCGCCGGCUUGCCGCCUCUGAAGCUCGAGACGGGGAGCAGGAAAAGGAGGUCUCAUGGAGGGGAGUGGGGAGUCGUCGCGUGUUCCCCUCCUCCAUGCUUGGGCAGGGUGGGCAGGCAGAGGAGGGAGGGAAACGUCUCCCUCCUUUCUUUUGGGGUGGUAGGUCCGCAGGCCUCAGGGAAGACGGACCCGUCUAAGCUUCUAUCUGGAAUGCUCCCCUACAUCGUCGCCGCCACAGCCGCCGCCGCACUUGUCAAUCCGGGCACCUUCUCCUGGGUAUCGAAGGAGUACUAUGCCCCUGCUCUUGGUGGGAUUAUGCUGUCAAUUGGUGUUCAACUGUCCAUAAGUGAUUUCGCUCUGGCAUUUCAAAGACCUUUACCGCUAUUUAUUGGAUUUAUGGCACAGUAUGUGCUCAAACCAAUGUUGGGCUUCUUAAUCGCUAGAGUUUUUGGGGCACCUCCCAUUUUUGCUGCUGGUUUCAUUUUGACUGCAUGUGUUGGUGGUGCACAACUCUCAAGUUACGCCAAUUAUUUAGGAAAAGGGGAUGUGGCUUUGAGCAUUCUUUUGACCAGUUAUACAACAAUAUCUUCUGUGAUCGUUACACCACUUCUUACUGGUUUACUAAUAGGGUCUGUGGUUCCAGUUGAUGGCCUUGCCAUGUCGAAAUCAAUAUUACAGGUGGUGCUGGUUCCUGUCACUCUUGGACUCUUGCUAAACACAUAUGCCAAGGCAUUUGUAAAUGCUAUUAGACCGGUUAUGCCAUUUCUUGCCAUGGUUUGCACUUCACUAUGUAUUGGUAGCCCCCUGGCCAUUAAUCGUGAUCAGCUAUUAUCUGGAGAGGGUCUUCGCUUACUUCUACCAGUUUUGGCAUUUCAUAUGUCAGCAUUCAUCAUUGGAUAUUGGAUAUCUAAACUUCCUGUUUUAAGACAAAAAGAGAGUGUCUGCAGGACCAUAUCAUUAUGUACAGGGAUGCAAAGCUCCACUCUGGCCGGCCUCCUUGCUACCCAGUUCCUUGGAGGUACUCAUGCAGUCCCGGCUGCUUGUUCUGUAGUAGCAAUGGCUAUCAUGGGCCUUUGUCUUGCCUCCUUUUGGGGCCGCGGACUACGAAUCCUUGACCUACCAAGUCAAGCAGUCUCACAAAUCAGUUCAACCUUCACUUCCCAUGGAUCUGAAGCCUAUUCAUGAGGAACUGGGAUACCAGCUUGGCUACAAAGUGAGAGCUUGAAGCAGACGCUCUCAGGAAGUGCAUGUACAGUUAAGCGUGCUGCGUGCACUGUGAAUAGAGACUUGAAAGGUUUGGAGCAUGAUAUGACAUGCAAUAUACUGUCUAAGCUAUACUAUCACAUACUUGAGUCGCAAGGAGCCAGCUCAUGGUAUUUGAGAACUAGAUGCUUGAAUGCCACAAGAAUUUUGAUCACACCAUGACUGUGAUACCAGAGAAGGUUCAGCUGGUGCAGUUCAGUGUAAUUUAAUGUACAGCAUAUUAACAUACACUUUGGUCUUGAUGAUUUGAUAUAUCAUCUUUGAUUGAUGUUAAUUAGUGAUGGGUUACAUGGAA